CUAUGUCGGUAUUUCCAUGACAUCGUAAGACGUACUCCAAAAUUGCGAAAGUUUUGUGCCGCGCUUGUCGCCUGAUUAUCCGAUAUGAGAGAACUCAAAUUUUAGAUGCCUAGUCAAAGAAACUUGUUUAUCUCUAAAAAACAAACUUUUCUAUUCGACAUUGGGCGUCGUACACAUCGAUGACAUCAAGCAGCUUGUGAAUCUCCCAUUAUUCAAUAUGCUUGAUGCUUCGUGUGUGUUUCUGGUUACUUGUAGUGGAAAGUGUUGAAAAGUACUGAAGGACUUUGGUGAAAGCGAAGAAAUCUGAGUGUUCUUGUCGUCGAUAUUAAGUCAAAAACUCAGUCGAAUAAAAUGUCUUUCCUUCGCGGCUCUGCGAAUUAUGUCUGGUGCACUACCAGUGUACUUGGCAAAGGUGCAACCGGUGCGGUGUUCCAAGGUGUUAAUAAAAACAACGGCGAGCCCGUAGCAGUAAAAACGUUCAAUCAGCUAAGCCACAUGCGACCGCACGACGUACAAAUGCGAGAGUUCGAGGUACUGAAAAAGGUCAAACACGAGAACAUCGUGAAACUGUUGGCGAUUGAAGAAGAACAGGAUGGUCGGGGCAAGGUAAUUGUCAUGGAACUCUGCACUGGCGGUAGCCUCUUCAACAUCCUUGAUGAUCCUGAAAACACGUACGGCUUGGUAGAAAGUGAGUUCCUGUUGGUACUGGAACACCUGUCAGCUGGUAUGAAACAUCUACGUGACAACAAUCUGGUUCACCGGGAUUUGAAGCCAGGUAAUAUAAUGAAAUUCAUUGCUGAUGAUGGUAGCACAAUAUACAAGCUUACUGAUUUCGGGGCUGCUCGGGAAUUACAGGAGGAUCAGCAAUUUGUUUCUCUGUAUGGUACUGAGGAAUACCUGCAUCCGGACAUGUAUGAGCGUGCAGUCUUAAGGAAGCCUGUCAGUAAAACAUUCGGCGCAACUGUUGAUUUGUGGUCCAUAGGAGUGACUCUCUAUCACGUCGCCACGGGGAAUCUGCCAUUCCGACCAUUUGGUGGACGAAGGAACAAAGAGACCAUGUUUUAUAUCACCACGAAGAAAAUGUCGGGCAUGAUAUCCGGACUACAAACCUCGGAGAAUGGGCCAAUCGAGUGGAGUAGAGAAUUGCCACAGAACUGUCAAUUGAGCAUAGGCCUGAAAAAGAUAGUAACACCAUUAUUAGCUGGCUUACUGGAGGUGGAUCCGCAGAGGAUCUGGAGCUUCGAGCGAUUCUUCAGCGAGGUCACUGACACACUGUGCAGGAAACCUAUUCAUAUAUUCAAUGUGCACAAGGCCAGCCUUAUCAAAGUCUUUUUACAUCCGGAAGAGAAGCUAGUUGCUCUACAGAUACACAUUCAAGACCAAACCGAAAUUGUGCCUCACGCGCAAAUAUUGCUUCUUGGCGAGGUUCCGCUUACAAAUCUCGUCGAGGAAUCCACACCAGGCAAGGGUUAUCCUAACACUAACAACGACAAACCGCUGAUGCUGUUCUCGCGGGAGAAUAAUAACGUGCUGUUGCCAGCGGAAAGCGAACUACCCAAGUUUCCCGUCUUCGCUAAUCUUGUCUCCGUAGAGAACGACGCCAGCCAAGCCAAAGUUGCAUGUUCCGUCGGACACGUCUGUAAACGAAGAAUUGAUAAGCUAGCAUUGUGCAGUAAACUCUCGCGCGACGCGAUAGAAGCAUUCAGCGGACUUUUGUCCAUAGAGCUUACCCGGGUAUUAGGAAAAUAUCAACACUCCAGGGAAUUCACAAAAGCCGUCGAGGAUACUAUGCUGGCGAUCGAGAGGAGCGAGAAUUUUGCCAAACAAGUCUUUUGCAAGUUCGGCAGCCAGAGCACAGUGGAGAUGAAGAGCUGGCGGAAAGAGCUCGAUGCGAAGAGCAAGGAACUCACGUCCGAACUGACGCCGGCGAUAGUGCAGCUUCAUCAAAGGUACGUGAAAGAAGGUAGUUUACGUGGAGAAUGGGACAACAGUACUCGCGAUCUAUGGUGCCCAUGGGCCACAAAGGCGAGCCAACGGGCAGCGACAUUGGUGGAUCGCUUGAGGGACGGCUGGCAACAUUUGCUGAGGGACCGUGCCACUCGCAGUCUUACUUACAACGACGAACAGUUUCAUGUUCUUGAGCGUAUUAAGGUGACAGAAACUGGACGCAGAUUGAAAGCGCUCCUCGAGACGGAAUGUAUCCCAGCUAUAACUCAGCGAUCUGAGUGUGUCGCCGAUUGGUAUAAAAUGGCGCAAACGGUAUAUCUGCAGACACAAAUAUUGGAUAAGGACAUAGACAGUUACGAGCAUGCAUUGGAAUCGUUCUCGUAUCGUUUAUCGCAAGAGAGCAAGGAACGCAACGAAAGCCUUUUGCAUUCGUUGGAUCGGUUGCCGAGCAAGUUGAAAACGACCGAAAAGACGAGCGUACCGGCUCAAGAGAGCACGAAGAAAUGGCGCAAUAUCUGCGACACGCAAGAACAAAUUACGGUAAUACUUUAUGAAAACGGUCGGCUCAUAGAUCAGCUUGACCAUUUGUCGGCGAUUGAUAGAUUGGAAAAUAUAGGGGAUUCGGAAUAUGAACUCUAAUGCGAGCAAUCUUGUCAUUUCUCCAUCAAUCCCAAUGGUACUUA